UAAAGAACAACUUAACAAAAAAAUCGUGGGCGAUCUGGACAAAUUAAGUCUUCCCUUGCGAUGCGAUAAGUAGUCCGUUGUAGUACGAUCGAGAUAAGAAAGGUUUCCAUAUUCAUCCCUAGUCUCUACUCGGACUCGCUCACUCGGGCACGCGUUCCACGCCCAGGAGCCACGAUAUUACGGCCGCAGCCCCGGCCCGCAGGCACCGACGACGACGUUCGGCGCGGAAAAAAAAUAAUAAUGUGCGUCGAGUAACCGCCGUCGCUGCCACCGCCGGCCGGGCUACUCAAAACCCACACUUCGCAUCUCGCAUUCUCGCGUCAGAUCUCAGAUACAUCCCCCAAGGCCACGGCGGCGUGUGCGCCAUGGCCGCCGACGACUGGCGCUACGCGACCAAUCGCCGCGAGGCUGACGAGCGCGGCUACGCCGGCGACAACCGCAGGGCAGCUUGGGCACAGUGGGGAACGGGCCAAAACUCCGCGUCUGCCCACCGUGGCGGCGAGGAUGGUCUUCGUCAAUCCGGUGCGCGUCCGCCGCCGAAACGCCGACACGGAGCAGGUGAUCUCCCCAAGCCCGUCCAUUUUGUCUCAGCGGCCGUCUCGUCGUCCGAUGAGCAUGGGGAUUCUCGUAAUCCCGCGCCGUCCUCGUCUGUGGAUCCGGCUCGGCAGGCCACGUCGCCGCCGCCGGAGCCGGGGAGCCUUGCGUCCAACCCGGUGGUGGCGCACAUGAUGAAGCUCAUGAACUACAAGGAAGGCACCGGCCUCGGGAGGCACGGGCAGGGCAUCAUCGCUCCCAUCGAGGUGGCCCUCCGUCCCAAGAACGCCGGCCUCGGCAGCGUCGAGAGACCCAUCAUCGGUGGAGCGGACGGUCUGCCGCCACCCAGCGACGAAAACUGGCCCAAGUGGGACGAAGCUGGAGGAGGAGCAAGGAAACGGAAGCGCGAUCUGGACGUCAUCGUCGACGACGACAAGAUCCUAGCCAGACGUCUGGAGGAGAGCGCCGCCGAGGCCGUCGUGCGCGUGCAGAAGGCACUCGCCCGGGCGGCCCGGUGGUCGUCGUCGACGUCGAGUGGCCUGAGAUCCGGGGACGACGACAUGGCGGCCGCGACGAUCACCAAGGCCAUGAAGUGGGUGCAGGAGGAGAGCGCGUCGGGGACGCUGACGACGGGCAAGCUGAUCCGCGAGUUCAGGGCCUUGAAGGAGAAGUGUCCCCGGGAGUACGCGACGUACCGCCUCGCGGACACGGCGCGCGCGAUCGUGGCGCCGCUGCUGCGCGCGGUGUUCCAGCAGCGGUGGGAGCCGCUGGAGGACCCGUCGCGCGGGCUGGAGGCGGUGACCACGCUCAAAGACAUCCUCUUGGACGACGGGUCGGCCGUCUCGCCGUACGGCGCGCUGGUCGACGACGUGGUGGUGGGGCGCGCGCUGGCAUCGGCGGCCGAGACGUGGGAGGCCAAGGACCCGGAGCCCAUGAUCCGGUUCCUGGACACGUGGGGCGACGCGUUGCCGCUCCCUGCCAUCCAGCGCCUCCUGGAGCAGGUGGUCAUGCCGAAGCUGUCGGCCGCCGUGGAGCUGUGGGAGCCGCGGUGGGAGCCUGAGCCGUGCCACGUCUGGGUGCAGCGGUGGAUCCCGCUCCUCGGGCGCUGGCUCGAGCCGCUGUACGUGACGGUGCGGCGCAAGCUCGGGAAGGCGCUGCUGGGGUGGCACACGGCGCGCGCCCUGGCCGACUACGACAUGGUGUCCCCGUGGAAAGACGCGUUCGGGCCGGAGGCCUGGGAGGAGUUCGUCGGCCGGCACGUCGUGCCGUACCUGAGGCACGGCCUGCGGGCACUGCGCGUCAGGCCGCCGAAGCAGGACGACGGCGGGUUCGCCGGGGUGAUGAGGUGGGCGUCCGUGGUGGGUGCGCAAGACAUGGCGCAGCUCCUGAAAGAGGAGUUCUUCGGCAAGUGGCAGGACGCGCUGUGCCGGUGGCUGUGGGAUGCGAAACCCACGAUGGGGGAGGCCAUCGCAUGGCACGAAGCGUGGAAACGGCUCUUGCCACCGGAAUUACUCGCCGAAGAGCACGUUAGUGUGCCUAUCCAGGCCGGUCUCGAAAAGAUCAACCGCGCGGUGCAAGGGCUGGGAAUUUAUCGGCGUGAGCACAGGUGGCACGCCAGCGAAGCUCGCUCUUGGCGUUCCAGAUCAAGAUGGAGCCCCGUGGUUGGUAUUGGAAGCGAUAGGCGCCAAAAGUGAUCAAUCCGAAAAAGACCUGCUUGUGACCUGCGCAGGUUCCCCACCAAACAUCGAUCUUGGUCACCAUGCAACUGAAAUCGAUGGCCUCGAAGAUGUAUGUAUGUUAAGCACUAUACUAUUAUCUCCAUUCGAAAUUAUAAGUCGAUCUAGCUUUUCUAGAUAUAUAGCUUUUAAUAAUAUACCUAGCUAUAUAUUUAGAAAAGUCAUAGCGUCUUACAAUUUGGAGCAUGAGUUAAGUUCGGACAUGUUACUUCAUGCUGCUUUAAUACUCAUUACUGUAUGUAGCCAUGUUGUGACGGACGGAGUACUAUGUUGGGGGCAGCUAGUUAUGCGGUGAACAUCCCAUAUUCGUUGGUUUGGUUUCGUCAAAUAUUAGACUGGAACUCCACGAUAUGCUCUGCAGUCAAAUGAUAAACAUCUUUUCCCUUUUCA